CUUGAUUGCAUCAAGAGGCUUCUUCAGUCUAAAUGCCCAGCAGACAGCACUGACAACUCUGGGAAAACAGCUUUACAUUAUGCGGCGUCGUGUGGCUGCCUUCAAGUAGUUCAACUUUUGUGUGAGCACAAAUGCCCAAUUAAUGUCAAAGAUUUGGAUGGGAAUAUACCCCUGGUGCUCGCAGUACAAAAUGGCCAUGCUGAGAUAUGUAAACAUCUUCUGGAUCACGGAGCGGACAUCAAUUCCAGGGACAAAAAUGGAAGAACUGCUUUGAUGCUGGCUUGUGAAGGUGGAGGCCUUAACAUUGUGGAAACCUUGAUUAGAAAGGGUGCUGACUUCAGCCUUGUAGAUGCCCUUGGACACGAUGCCCUACAUUACUCAAAGCUCUCUGAGAACGCUGGGAUUCAGAGCCUCCUCCUGUCGAAGAUCUCUCCAGAUGCCGAUACGAAGUCACCAACAAAGCCAAAGCAGUUUAGUGAUUUGUCCUCUCCACGUUCAGCAACCUCAACUCCAAUUGCUGGAAAAGGACAGGCGUUCUUCGCUGAACAAGUAUGCAAGGAAGAGAUCAGCUCCAUUCAGCGAGAUAACAAGGAUAGACUGAGUGACAGCACUACAGGUGCUGAUAGCUUACUGGAUAUAAGUUCUGAAACUGACCAGCAAGAUCUGCUUGUAUUGUUGCAAGCAAAAAUUGCUUCUCUAACACUACACAAUAAGGAGUUACAAGACAAAUUACAGGAAAAAGCACCCAGAGAAACAGAAAUGGAUUCCACCCUAGAUUCCUAUCAUUCCACCCAAACAGAGUUUGAUCAGUCAGUGGACAGACAAAGUCAAACCUCCGCUCAGGAGCUAAAAUCAUCCUCAUUAAAUGCAACACAAACUCAAGAGAAGUCAACAAACAACAAUGAAGUAAAAAUUAAGCAUCUACAAGAAGAUUUAAAGGAUGUACAGAGGAAAUUAGAUAAUUCCGAAGCAAAAAGAAAGUACUUAGAGACCCAACUUCAGUCUAGAAUCCCAGAAACAAUUCAUUUAAACAGCGCAGAUAUUUCAGAAAACAGCUCUGAUCUUAGCCAGAAACUUAAAGAAACCCAAUGCCGGUAUGAAGAAGCUAUGAAAGAGGUCUUGAAUGUACAAAAGCAGAUGAAAUUGGGUCUUGUUGCUUCUGAAAACAAAGAUACUUACUCGGAUGUCCAUGAACUGAAGGUUGCAUGUGAGGAAAUUGAAGUGCUAAAGCAAGAACUCAGGAAAGCAUUAGAGGAAAGUGAAAGGCAUAAAGUGAAAGUGAGAGAGUUACAGGAAAAACUUGAAGAAAGAGAGCAGAACGUUACUAGCAAAAUGUCUGUGGAAGAAUGUGAGGAAAUAAAAAAUUCUUAUUGUUCAAUAAUUGAGAACAUUAACCAAGAGAAAGCUUUGUUGAUUGAGAGAUACAAAGAAGGGCAAGAAGAAAUCAAAAGACUACAAGACAAGUUAAAUCAGAUGCAGUUGGAAUCCAGUGAUGAACCUCGGGAGAUGAAAGAAGCAAGGAUUAGAAUGAUAGAUGACCUACACAGACAAGUUAGUGAGCUGUCUCAGUUGUACAAAGAAGCACAAACAGAGCUUGAAGAUUAUAGGAAGAGGAAAGCAUUAGAGGAUGUAGCUUUGGAAUACAUUUCUAGAGAUGAGCAUGAGAAACUGAUGCGGGUAACAAAUUCAUUGAAAGAUAAAGCUGAAGAUGCAUUAUCUGACAUGAAGUCCCAGUACACACAGGUAUUAAAUGAAGCAGCACAGCUCAAGCAACUGAUAGAUACUCAGAAACAAAACUCUAUACCAGUUGCUGAGCAUCUUGAGGUGGUAACUGCUCUCAGGUGUACGGCAAAGGAAAUGGAGGAAGAAAUAAAUGAACUUAAGGAAGAGCUUAUUAACAAGGAAACUGAGGUAAGAAAUCUGCAGAAGGAAUUGUUGGAAGAAAAAGCUGCAAUUAACGAAGCGAUGGUGCCCAGAGCUUCAUAUGAAAAACUCCAGUCAUCGUUAGAAGGUGAAGUUAAUAUUUUGUCAUCCAAACUAAAGGAUUUAGUGAAAGAGAAAGAGAACGUGUCCUUAGAUGCUGCCCAAUUGAGAAAUGAAGUUUUGCAAUUAAAAGAGGAAAAAGAAGGUGCUCAAACUCUCCUUGAGGCUAAGGAGCAGGAAAUAAAUGGACUUUACCGUAAGUACCAUCAAGCUCAAGAAGAUCUUCUUGACAUGAAAAGAUAUGCAGAAAGCUCAUCAAAGCUAGAAGAAGAUAAAGAUAAAAAGAUCAAUGAGAUGUCCAAGGAAGUUAGCAAGUUAAAAGAAGCAUUGAACAGCCUUUCUCAGCUUUCCUACUCAACCAGUGCACCCAAAAGACAAAGCCAACAGCUGGAGGCAUUACAGCAACAAGUGAAACAGUUACAAAAUCAACUGGCUGAAACAAAGAAACAGCACCAGGAGAUUGUAUCAGUUUACAGGAUGCAUCUUCUCUAUGCUGUGCAGGGUCAAAUGGAUGAAGAUGUCCAGAAAGUGCUUAAACAGAUUUUAACAAUGUGCAAAAGCCAAUCACAAAAAAAGUGAAACAAACUGUUUGUACUGAAUCCUGUCGUGCUGCCAUGGUGUUUAGCUAGGUUCACCUUAACACAAGAUUUAAUAUUGCCAACCUGCUGCUUUUUUUAGUGAGCUGGAUUUGUCUCUGCCAAUCUUCCUGUUCAGUCUAUGUACUAUGACCUAACGCAUCUGCACAUCUUCUCCCUUCCCACAAAGUUUUCAGAGUAAUGUUUUCAUAUACAAAAUGUAAGUAUUUUUCAGAGCUGUUGUUACUUUGGCCACCCCAGAUGUAAAGUGUGGUCCACAGUGUUGUGUUGUGCUUCACGGCUUCCUUCUUCAAUAUGGAGAUGCUUUCAGGGAGGGAAACAGGUCCCAGCAUGCAACACUCCAUCUUGACACAAAUAGUCACACCUCCUGGGUAAAGGUGAAGUUCUCCAUUCUGAGUCCUGCUCCUGGAUAUUGAAAAGGAGGUGGGGUGAUCUAGUCUGCUCAGUGUUUUUGCCCUUAGGCUUCUGACAUCUUGCCAGAUGUGAUCUUUCAUUGGGCAAAGUUCAUUCACCCAUGUAGUAAUGAACAAAAGCAGAUAUUUGUGCGGAAUUUUGCUUAGUAAGCCAGAACAUCAAGCAACUAAAUUUACCUGUAAUUUGUUUUAUGUUUAACCAGAUUAACGUGGAUUAGGAGUUACCAUGCCCAUUGUACACUGAGUGUGUAAAAUCCAUGCUGUACAUCUUUAUAUUCAAUUGCAUUGUCUCAAUAUUGGACACAAUAGUUGAUAACCUAAACAAAACUAAUUUAGAAUGUAAAACCAUAAAUCAGAUGAACCUCAGAAGUUCUGUACAAAAUAACCCUUUUCAGUAGGUCAAGCUGUCUAUGCAAAUAUUCACACUGCUGUUGGCCAUGGAGCUCAGGAAAAAAUAAUACAUAUGCUUCAAAGGAAACAAGGGAUUCUAGUGAAUGCAGGAUGUUUACAGUGAGCGUCAAUGCCUCACAGUUCCUAACCUCACUUUUGUAAAGAUCUGCUCUUCAAUAUAUUUUUAUUGGCCCUCCAAUGAAAUUUUUUUGUAACUAAACCAUUUUGCUACAUGAUGUUUGCAUUAAACUAUAUUAACAAAUAUUUUAGGUAACCAUGUUUAAGGCUCUCUUUUUACCCAAAGUAUUCAGCUAGACUAGAGUAAAGCAUAGUAAAAUAUUCUCAGCUCAGAAAAACUGUAUCAAAUAAUAGAUCUGUCAGCAUAUCCAAGAGCAUUGAAGUGUAAAUGACAAUUCAUCCUGCUGUUUCAUCAAAUGCAGGAAUACAUGAUACAUUUGUGCUGUCAUCUAACAAUAAUUUCUACAAGUUUCUUGGGCAGGAGAGGGCAUCAUUGAAGCCUUUGUCUGUUUUUAAGAAUUAAAAGUAGAAUUGGAAAUGCCUCAUGGUAAAAUGACAGUGUAUAGUAGAGAACUAUGAAAGAAUAUUUCUAAGAACACAGUGCAUUUAAGGGUUAAAACCAUUCUACCUUGCAGUUUGUUAUUGCAUUGGUUUUAUUCCUGUUGAUGGAGAUAUUUCCAGAGCUACAUAAUCUAUGAAGUUUAUAGACUGCUAAUUUGACAGAAUCUAUAGUGCCUCAGGCUUACGGGACACAUAGUGCACUUACAUCAGAUAAUUCCUAACAAUGAGAAAGCUCAAAAGGAUUAAAAACUUUGCAUCAGUUAGACCUUUCUGUUACUUUUCUUAGGUUGUUUAACUAAUGCCUGUUAAUUUUGGACAGUAUUUUAUAGUUAGACAAUUUGGAAAAUACUCCAAAGAAAUGUGAAAGGACGUCUUUUCUGCAGCACUUAAAAAUUUCAAGCAUGCAAAUGCUGCAAAGUUUAAAACUUGAUAAACCAUUUUGAAGUUUGCUGUUCAGAUUUAGUCUUCUACCUUGUUUUGUUAUGCAUAUUUAUUACAAUUAUCUUUGUGAAAUAUUGAAAAUUAUAUACUAUAGCAUAGCAUUUGUUCUUGUAUGUAAUUUACAAAAUGUUUCCUUAUGCAGCAAAUAAACUAUUUCAAUUUUUU